AUGGCCCCUAAGGUGGAAAACAAGCAAGGCAAGACCAAGCCCAGCAGCAAGGCUGGUGCUGCUGCCAAGGCAGUUCUGAAGGGUGCAGGUGCGCACAAGGCUCGCAAGGUCCGCACCUCGACAACCUUCCACCGCCCCAAGACUCUCCAGCUUUCCCGGUCGCCCAAGUACCCUCGCAAGUCGAUCCCCCACGCGCCUCGCCUCGAUGCCCACAAGGUCGUUCUCUUCCCCCUUAACACGGAGAGCGCCAUGAAGAAGAUCGAGGAGAACAACACCCUUGUGUUCAUCGUGGACGUCAAGGCCAACAAGCGUCAGAUCAAGCUUGCUCUUAAGCAGCUGUACGACGUCGAUACCGUCAAGGUCAACACUCUUGUGAGACCCGACGGCUCCAAGAAGGCUUACGCCCGUCUUACUCCCGACGUCGACGCUCUGGACAUUGCUGCCACCAAGCUUGCUAUCGUCUAG